AUGGAAAUGAUGAUGGUUAACAAAGCACAAUGCCUAGGAAGCCACCGUCGCCGGUUGUGCUCAGUUGUUGAUGAUGAGGUUCAAGCCGUAAGGUGUGUGAAGAGACGGCGAAGAACUCCAGAUUCGGUUGCGGUCGGAUUUGAUGGGAAUCAAGGACUGGUUCAAGUUCAACCCCAGCAACAAAUUGAACAACGGCCCAUUGCUGCUACUACUGUGAAAAGAAGUUCAAGGUUUCGAGGUGUCAGCAGACAUAGAUGGACUGGACGGUAUGAAGCUCACUUGUGGGAUAAACUCUCUUGGAAUGUUACACAGAAAAAGAAAGGGAAACAAGUUUAUCUUGGAGCUUAUGAUGACGAAGAAGCUGCUGCAAGAGCAUAUGAUUUAGCUGCACUUAAGUAUUGGGGAACAUCGACUUUCACUAAUUUCUCGAUAUCAGAUUAUGAAAAAGAGAUUGAAAUAAUGCAAACAGUGACAAAAGAAGAAUACUUGGCCUCAUUAAGAAGAAGGAGCAGUGGGUUUUCAAGAGGUGUGUCCAAGUAUAGGGGAGUUGCAAGGCACCAUCACAAUGGGAGAUGGGAAGCAAGAAUAGGGAGAGUCUUUGGAAACAAAUAUCUCUACCUAGGCACUUACAGCACCCAAGAGGAAGCAGCUCGGGCUUACGAUAUAGCAGCAAUUGAAUAUAGAGGGAUAAAUGCAGUGACCAACUUCGAUUUGAGCACAUAUUUCAGAUGGUUAAAACCAGGAACAAUGGUAGAGCCUGAAUCUAAGCCUUCAUUUCACCCUUCUUUACCGACAGAUUACUUGAAGUCUCCAGAAAAACAGGAAGUUUUCAAAACCAAAACCCCAUCGUCAUCGUCGUCAUCGCCUACAGCACUAGAUCUUCUCUUUCGAUCAUCGAUAUUCCGAGAACUGGUAAAAAAGAACUCAAACGUGUCGUCCGAAGACGGAAGCAGUGUUACCGAUGGGGAUGAUGAAUCAAAGAACCAACAAGGAGGAAAUGGUGUUGAUGCUGAUGAUGAGUUUAGUAGGCUGUUUUAUGAUGGCAUUGGUGAUUUUCCAUUUAUGUGCUCUUCUACCAAAAGUAGCAUUGAAUUGAAACAUAUAUAA